CCUGUGGGGACUGGGCUGAGGGGAGGAGUUGGGGUACGUGCACAUUUUCAGGUCUUUCCAGCCCCUGGUCAACCUGGCAGCCGGACUAACCAGCUCCUCCCAGCCCAAGGUGUUGGGGGAGGAGUGUGGCAGAGGGUCAGCCAGAGCCGCCCCAGGCUGCGGCUGUGGUGGAAGACGGCCGUCAUGGGGCUCUCCCAGAGGCAGCCUCGCCUGUGGCUGCUGCUCCUGUUGGGGGCGCUGGUCUGGCCCCAGCCCUGCACGAACCUGGAGCUGAUCCCCUACACGCCGCAGAUAACAGCCUGGGACCUGGAAGGGAAGGUGACAGCCACCACAUUUUCCUUGGAGCAGCCGCGCUGUGUGCUAGACAGUAACGCCAGUGCUGCCAGCACUGUCUGGCUGGUGGUGGCCUUCAGCAAUGCCUCCAGGGACUUCCAGAACCCGAGGACACUGGCUGAGAUCCCAGCCUCUCCUCAGUUGUUGAGUACUGAUGGCCACUACAUGACGCUGCCCUUGUCCCUGGACCAGCUGCCCUGCGAGGAGGAUCCCGUGGGUGGCAGCAGCAUCCCUGUGCUGCGGGUGGGCAACGACCCUGACUGCCCGGCUGACCUCCACCAGGCGUCCUACUGCAAUGCCCCCCUCCCCGGCCCCGGACCUUACAGGGUGAAGUUCCUCCUGAUGGACGCCAGGGGCUCACCCCAGGCCGAGACCAGGUGGUCCGACCCCAUCGCUCUUCCCCAAGGGAAGUCCCCAGGGUCCAUCGACACAUGGCCAGGGCGGCGACAUGGUGACAUGAUUGUCAUCACCUCCAUCCUCUCCUCUCUGGCCGGCCUGCUGCUCCUGGCCUUCCUGGCAGCCUCCACUGUGCGCUUCUCCAGCCUGUGGUGGCCUGAGGAAGCCCCUGAGCAGCUUCGGAUUGGCUCCUUCAAGGGCAAGCGCUACGUGACCCACCACAUCCCGCCCAGUGAAGCUGUCACCCUGCCGGUGGGCUUCGAGCCUGGCCUGGACCCUCUCCCCAGCCUCAGUCCCUAGCCUGGCCUAUGUGCCUAUCCCUGGGGCAGUGAAGGGAGGGGAUGGAGAGACAAGGGUAGAGUGCUCCUUCUCAGCCCUUGCGCCCACACGUCCUCCCCAGCACACUACCCCCUGCCUGAAAUCCCACCUCUAGCAGCCCUGACUGGCUUUCCCAUUCCCCGCUCUCUCUAGGCAACUGAAGCUGCAUGCAGGGGAGUUCGGGGGAGGGCUAUGGUCAGGCUGGGCAUCCGGCCCCCAUUGCCCUCCCUACCUCUAUUCUGCACGUCCUCCUGUGAGUCAGGAUGGAAAGGCCAACCUGACUGGAAGCUUCCAGGCCCCAGGUGGAGGCCUAGAGUGGACUUAGGAAGCUGAACUGGGAGCACCUGGGCCUCCCAGGUCUCUGUCCCGCCAGCCAGUGGCCAGUGGCUGGGGCUGCAGUGAAGCCUUCAGAGGCGCCUGCUCUGUCCCUGGGCACAGGCCCUUCCUGAGCGUGGCUAGAAGGUCAGAGUGUAGAUGCACAUUAUGACCAUCUGGCCACAGAUGUUUGGGCCACCACUUCCAACUCCCCUGCACACACAGAAGCCCUCACACUUACCUACUCACUCUCACUCCACGAACACUUGUUGAGGGCCUACUGCAUGCCAGACACAGUGUUAGAUAUGGGGCCUCAGGCAGGUCUUGGGGAGCUCACUCAAGGCUCUGGACCUCAGAUGGCAAUAUGUCCAGAUGUGACCUGUUAUUGUUGAGUCUGUCAUGCCCUCAGAUUGUCACAUAUACUGGGCAUACUCCCUCAGAUAAUCACCCCAAUGGGCUCUCUUGGGUCCAUGAUCACUCCCCACCCCCAGUCACUGGAGGACAGGUUUAUUCCCCCAUCGCCCAUCCUCCCUUAAGGCUGGUGUUACCCUCUGUGGCCACACGAGGGCGACCAGUGCACCGCAGCUACUGCCGAACAGUCCCGCAUGCGCACUCCUAUUCGAGGACCUGCUGGACGCCACCCGGCGGCCGCUCCCAGCCGGUGACCUGAUGUCAAAGAGCAGCACCACUCAGCAGGGUCUCUGGAGGUCAGAGCUCCAGGCCCGACUUCUAUCACGCCAGAGAGAUAAGCAGUCACGCUCCGCUAGUCCAAUCCAGACAACCUCACGGUUUGCUAGAUGGAGAAACAGGCUUAGUGACUUGCCCAUUGUGCUGUGUCCACUGCUACCCCACCCACUGGCCCCUGGCCCCUCAGCCUGACUGCAGUGCCUGCGGGCGGGGGUACCCCCUCUCUGGAGGUAAAUAAAUGCUGUCUGGCUUUUCCACCUGA